GCCGCCGGGUGCAGACCAGCCGAGCCCCGGACAGGAAGGAUACGCGGCGCAGCUCUCCCGUCUCUCCAUCGGCCCCAACAGCCCCACGGCUCCGACCCUCAGCACCGUGGACCGGCCCGGCAUGUGGGCGCGAGCUGUGCUGUGCGCGGCGCUGCUGUCCGCACUCGGCGGUGCUGAAAGCAGCGACUCCGCCAUGGAGGCCGACCUGGACACCAGAGCCGUGCAGGACUUCUACCAGCAAAACCCCAACCUUACCAACGAGAAGAGGCUGCUCGGGGCUCUACACGAGGUGCUGGAAAAGCUGCAGACGAAAAGAAUUCAUCCAUGGGAGAAGAAACUUGGACAAGUUCCUACCUGCGACAUGGGAGAGCACUGCGCCGUCCGCAAAGGUUCGCGGAUCGGUAAAAUGUGCGACUGUCCACGGGGAGCGUUUUGCAACUUCUUCCUUCUGAAGUGCCUGUGAACACAAAUGAGUGCAAGUUUGUAUGAACAAAUAAAAUGUUAUGUACUAUCAUAUGAUCGACGCUGUGGUAUGUAGCAUAGGAAACGUCACUUUCGAGCCCGAGUCAUUCCAAGGCCCUAUUGUUAUCAACUGAUGUGUCUACGUUAAAUAAAACCGUUUUA